AUGUCCUCAUUAUUAUCUAUGUUAAGGGUGCCAUCGGUGUCUGGUGUGAUGUUAGGAUCGUGGAGGACAUUAUUCACACGCCCACAGGUACCCCACGCCCUCACCACCACGCCCACACCUGUGUUUGGCCUCACCGGGUCCUCCUCCCAGGGCUUGUUAGCUCUUCCUCUACCAUCUUCAGGUGUGAUUGGUCGAACUAAUGUGAGGAACCACUUCCCCCGGCCUAGUGAGAAGAGGCGCAUCUCUCGUCACGGUUGGAAGGUCCGCAUGUCCACACCAGCCGGCCGGAAAAUUCUGAUGAGAAGAUUACUGAAGGGCAGACACAUCCUUAGCCAUUAA